AUGGGGGAGUUGCGUUCUGUCGUUGAGGAACUGCUGGCGUUGUGUCUGCAGAGGAUCAGCAUGGAGGAGAGCGGCCUGAGCGCCGACAUGGAGCUGAUAGAGCUGGUGAGGAACAUGGAGGUGAUGAGGAAGAACUGGCUGCACGCCGAGGUGGAGCUGAAGAAGUACAAGGAGCUGCUGGUGAAGUCGGACGUGGCCAAAGCUGCUCUGGAGGUCAAACUGAAGCACGCUCGCAACCAGCUGGACGUGGAGAUGAGGAAGCGCUACAAGUCGGAGGCCGACUACCAGUACCUGAAGCGGCAGAUGGAGCUCAUGUGUGACAUCCUGGUCCACGACAGCAAAUCCAGCGCCAGUCUGAACGCCGAGCAGAAGUCUCUGCUGGCCGCGUUCGAGCAAAAAGCGGCGAGCGCCACUCUGCGUCGCGGCAGCAAACGCCUGUCCGUCAUCGACGAGUCGUCCUUCCUGUCUCACUCCGACAUCAGCUACGAUCGCACGGACGACAACGUGGACCUGGACGCCACGUUGCUGAAGCCUCUGAAGUCUCGGGUCAGAGAGCGGAGGCGCUCCUCGAUGGGCCUGACCCUCGUCGCUCCGACUGAGAAGCGAGCCAGAAGCGGGAACGUUUCUGCGGAGCUGCUGGAGAGAGAACCUGUAGAAAAGGAGGUGGAGACGGUGGUGAAGGCGUUGGUGACGAGCCCCGGCACCGGCGGUCCGACCCUCAUGGAGCUGGGCAUCACGCAGAAACGGCCCGCCACUCCGGGCCAGAGCGUCACCCAGCAGUGCACCAUUUCAGUCGGAGGAGGAGGCUGGCGCCUUCCGCCUGCCGUCAUGGGCGCAGCCGGGGACCGGUCACUCCUUGCCGUGCUUCCCUGCUCGCCUGUCGCCGACGCGCAGCCGUCCAGGCCCCCGGGAAAGCUCACAACCGGGCAAGACGCCGGCCGUCCGUCCAGGAACCCGUACCGAUCCCUGCGCGACCAGACCACUGUGCUGUCACCCUCUGACGACGCCACAGUCGAGACCGCGGCCAAACCGCCGCGGGACCCCAGGAGCGUGGACGCCAGGAGCGUGGACGCCAGAAGCGUGGACGCCAACAGAGCUCAUAAAAUCGUCAAACACGUGUUUCUGUCUAAAACGGUGAUCCGGCCAGAGACCUGCAUUCCGUGUGGGAAGAGGAUGCGCUUCGGAAAGAUGGCGGUGAAGUGCAAGAACUGCCGCGUGUUCGCUCAUCCGGAGUGCAAAGAGAAGUUCACGAGCGGCUGCUCGACCUCCAACGACAGGAGAGCGAGUACUGCUCAGAUGGGCUCGUUGGAGGGUUCGGCCCUGCUGGCCCAUCCCAGAGUUCCUCAGCUAGUCGUGGACUGUGUGGCAGAGAUCGAGCGGAGAGGACUGCAGGAGAGAGGCCUGUACCGGGUUCCCGGAGGCGAGCGUCCGGUCAGGGACCUCAGGGAGGGCCUCCUCCAGGGGAAGUCGGCUCUGCUGCUCAGUAAAGUGCAGGACAUCCACGUGGUCUGUGGAGUCCUGAAGGACUUCCUGAGGAAGCUGAAGGAGCCUCUGAUCACAUUCAGGCUGCACCGGACCUUCAUGGAAGCUGCAGAGCUGGCGGACGUGGACAGCGGCGCCGCCAUCAUGUCCAAGGUCAUCUCCGAGCUGCCCAAGGCAAACCGGGACACGCUGGCGUUCCUCAUGCUUCACCUGCACAAGGUCAUCAGGAGUCCAAAGUGCCAGAUGGACCGGAACAACCUGUCCCGGGUCUUCGGUCCAACCAUAGUGGGUCACGGAUUGCCUGAGCCGUCUCCAACCACCAUCAUGAGGGACACCAACACUCAGCCAAAGGUGGUCUCCCGUCUGUUUUCCUUACCUGAAGACUACUGGAGACGGAUCCUGAUGGCCCCGUCGGAUCAAGCCCCGUCUGCGACAUCGUCCAGUAAGACCACUCCAGAGGAAGGACACGGUCGCCUGUUUAAGCCGCUGACGUCUCCAGAGUUGAACAACUUCUACAAAAUCACCAGUCCAGGUUCUAUCCGAGGCCGGAUCAUGAACCAGGGGAACGCCUCCAGCAGCAUAGCUCAACCAGACCCAGUGAAGAAGUUCUUCAGUUCCCCCUCCUGAGCAGCUCCACCAAACGCUGUGGUGUACAGGAAAAACACAAGCCCUCGUCUCGUACAGAUCCGAUUCAUACCAACAGAA